AUGUACAACGGCAUCGGCCUGUUGAGCGUGCGCGGCUCGGGCACCAGCGGGUACGUGCAGGGCAACAAGUUCAACCUGCGGGGCCCGCCGCAGGUGACCAUCGGCGACCGAGACGACGGCCGCGGCCCGGCGCACAGGCAGCCCAACGCCGACAUCCUGGAGCACAACCGCAAGCGCCAGGUGGAGCUGGAGGUGGAGACGAUGCGGGCGCAGCUGGAGGACGAGGAGCUGCCGGAGGAUGAGAUUGAGGAGAAGCUGGCCGCUUACCGUGUCGAGCUGCUGGCCAAGUCGGAGCAGCAGGCAGCGGCGGCCACGGACAAGCUGGCCCAGGAGACGCACGAGGUGGCGCGGCGCAAGCAGGAGCAGAUGGCCCGCCUCAAGGACGCCUUUGGGUUUGCCGAGGACGUGCACGAGGGCGACGCCUUCAACCGGGAGCUGCAGGAGCAGAAGCGGCUGGACAAGGUGGCGGAGCGGGAGAAGGAGAAGAAGCGGAGGGAGAAGGAGCGGCGGGAGCGGGAGAAGGCGGCGAAGAAGGCGGUGAAGGACAGGGAGAAGGCGGAGAAAAAGCGCAAGCGUGACGAGGAGAAGGCUGCCAAGGAGAAGGAGAAAGCUGCCAAGAAGCUGGAGAAAGAGCGCAAGGCCGAGCAGAAGCGGUUUGAGGACCCCAGUAAGGGGUACUACAGGGUGGAGCUGGAGGCGCCGGAGCGGUACCAGCCCGCCGGCGCCAGCGACGGCGAGGAGGCGAGCGGCGAGGCGCGCGGGCGUAGCAGGAGCCGCACGCCGCCGCGCUCGCCGCCGCGCUCCGCUGCCGCCGCCAAGGCCCGCAGCAAGAGCAGGAGCAGGAGCAGGGGCAGCGCGUCUCGCUCCUCUGGCAGCAGCAGCAGCAGCAGCAGCAGCAGCAGCAGCUCUGGCAGCGACAGCAGCCGCAGCAGGAGCCCACCGCGCAAGCGCCGCCAGGCAGCGUCGCCGCCCAAGCCGCCGGCUGCUGCCCCCCCGCAGCCGUCGCCGCCGCGGCGUGCCCCCUCGCCCUCGCCCCCCGCAGCGGCAGCAGCGCCGGCCGACGGCCGGCAGCGGCGCGAGGAGAAUGGCGGCGGCAGCAAGGCGGCAGGCGGCGGGCGGAGGGCUAGCCCCUCGCCGCCGCGCCGCGCGCGCAGCCCCCCGCGCCGUCGCAGCCCGUCGCCGCCCCGCCGGGCGCGCAGCCCCGCGCGGCGGCGCAGCCCCUCGCCGCCGCGCCGCCGGGAGGUGCCUGCACGCCGCUACAGCCCGCCUGCGCGCCGCCGGGACGACAGCCGCGAGCGGCGGCGCAGCCCUCCGCGCCGCGCCAGCCCACCGCCACGUCGCGGCGCCAGCCCGCCCGCGCGCCGGGCGCGGGACGACAGCCGGGAGCGGCGCCGCCCCUCGCCGCCACGCCGCCGCGACGACAGCCGCGAGCGGCGGCGCAGCCCUCCGCACCGGCGUUCGGCCUCGCCGCCCCGCCGCCGCCGCCGCUCCCCCACCCCGUCCAGCUCCUCUGGCCGCAGCCACUCCUCCUCGGGCUCAGGCUCCUCCACCAGCAGCGGCUCCAGCAGCCGCAGCAGCGGCAGCACCAGCAGCAGCCGCAGCAGUGGCUCCAGCGGGCGCAGCGGCGGGAGCAGGGGGCGCAAGUGA